AUGGUAGAAUGUAAUAAUGAAUUUGAAGAACUAUGUACACGAAAUUUUAUCACAUUUGAAAAAACUAGUUCUAUUUUGCCAUGGGUUUCGGUUUUUUUUCGAGUCAAUAGGGAAGUCUCACUUAAAAAAUUAGAAAACUAUCAGAAAGCUAUAAACUAUACAUAUAUUGAGGUGAGAAAAAUGAGAAUAGAUAUUUCGAAAAAGAAUAUUUGUGUAACUUGCGAGUUUAAAAAUGAUGUUGAAGAAGCGCUGAAGGAAAAUGCUCAGGAUAAAAGAGUAGAAAAACUUAAAAAAAUCACAGAAAAAUACGGCUAUUUCUAUGCAAGCACAAUAUAUUUUGGUGGUGCUAUUGUUGAAAAGAAACGAAAUAUUCAACACUCAAAAAUCAAUAAAUUAGAUAUGACGGCCGAAAUCGGUUCGCAAAUAAAAUUUGGUAACAACACAGAAUUUGAUUUAACGAUAAAAGGGGGGAUAUUUCAAAAUACCGUCAGUGUGAUCGUUAAUGAUCCCGAGACAUGGGAUAUAAUCGAGUAUCAUAGCAUUCAUUCAAUUUUUAGUUUGUUGGAAAAUGAUUUGCAAAUGAAGGUAUUGGAAGCUUUGGGAAAAAGAAUUUUAAGAGCAAAUGUCGAUGAAAUUGCAUAUUUUACAAACUCGGAAUACGUUAUUCAUGAUUUGGCUUCUCAAUUAGAUGAUAUUCCUAAUAUCAAAGAUUGCCAAAUAUUCACCACGAUAAUGAAAGAUCAAAUAGAUGAACAUACAUUUUCUACAUAUGUAUCUUAUUAUAGUUCUUUUGAUAAGCCAAUGAUUGUUAUUAAUCGUGUUCCAAGUAAAAAAAGACCUAAAA